UCCAUGUUUAAAAGUCAGCAACAACAGGGAGAGGGGGGCAGGAGGCAGAAGAGAAGGACAGAAACAGUGCUGGGUCAAAACAGGAAGACUGAGUAGACAGACUACAGAAUGACACUGCUCCUGUGGCUGUCAUCUUGGAGCAACAUCUCUGUACUGGGAGUUUUUCUGACCGUCUUUACUGUGCUCCUUGAUUUCAUGAAGCGCAGAAAGAAGUGGAGCCGUUACCCCCCAGGCCCAGUGUCGCUGCCGUUUGUUGGGACCAUGCCACACGUGAACUACAACAACCCCAUUCUCUCCUUCCAGAAGCUUCACAAGAAGUUUGGGAACAUCUUCAGUCUCCAGAACUGCUGGACCAACAUAGUAGUGCUGAAUGGGUACAAAACUGUGAAGGAAGCCCUGGUCAACAAAUCGGAGGACUUUGCUGAUCGGCCAUACUUCCCAGUAUAUGAACAUCUGGGUUAUGGACAUAAAUCUGAAGGGGUUGUUUUGGCACGGUAUGGACAUGUCUGGAAGGAGCUAAGGAAAUUCACGCUCACUACCCUGAGGAACUUUGGGAUGGGAAAGAAGUCCUUGGAGGAGCGAGUGACUGAGGAAGCAGGAUUUCUGUGCUCUGCAGUUAAUUCUGAAGGAGGUCGUCCUUUUGAUCUGCAUCUUCUUGUAAAUAAUGCAGUCAGCAACGUGAUCUGCACCAUCACCUAUGGAGAGCGUUUUGAGUACGGUGACGAGACAUUCAAGAAGCUGUUAACUUUGUUUGAAAAUUCCCUCAAUGAAGAAGUAGGACUCCUGGCAGAGCUUCUUCAUGUGGUGCCCAUAUUGUUGCGCAUCCCUGGACUGCCACAGAAGAUCUUUCGAAGCCAAAAGGAAUACAUAGACUUCACAGAAAUGCUCAUAGAGAAGCACAGGGAGACCUGGAACCCUGCUUACACCCGAGACUUCACUGAUGCAUUUUUAAAGGAAAUGGCAAAGGGUAAUGAGGCUGAAGAGAAUGGUUUCAAUAAACGCAACCUUAGCAUGGUGACAUCAGACUUGCUUGCAGCAGGUUCUCAAACCACCUCUACCACCCUCCGAUGGGCGUUCCUGUUCAUGCUUUUGUACCCAGAAAUACAGAGUAAAGUUCACAAAGAGAUUGAUAAGGUGACUGGAAGAAACCGACCGCCCACCAUGGCAGACCAAGCAAACAUGCCCUACACCAAUGCCGUCAUCCAUGAAGUACAACGCUGUGGGGACAUUAUUCCUAUGGGGCUACCUCACAUGACAUACCGGGACACCGAGCUUCAAGGUUUCUUCAUUCCCAAGGGGACGACAAUCAUCACCAACUUGACUUCCGUGCUGAAGGAUGAGACAGUCUGGAAGAAGCCAAAUGAGUUUUAUCCCGAACACUUCCUGAAUGAGAAUGGGGAAUUUGUGAGACCAGAGGCCUUCUUGCCCUUCUCUGCAGGUCGACGUGCCUGUCUGGGGGAACAACUGGCCAGGAUGGAGCUCUUCAUCUUCUUCACCACUCUUAUGCAGAAGUUCACCUUUGUGAUUCCUGAAGAUCAGCCCAGGCCACGGGAGGACAGUCACUUUGCUUUUCUAAACAGCCCACACCCAUACCAAUUGCAAGCUGUGCCAAGAUAAGUGUGCACCGCUUCACUCAGAAACCACCACUAACACUGUCAGAAAUGUUGCAGGGCUGUGCCAGGAUCUAGUUAUCCCAAGUCUGUGCAGAUGUCCCCAGCUGUGUAAAGUAAGGAUGUGGCCCAGUAUCCUUAGCUGAGCUUAAUUUCAAUUUCAGUCCUGAAUUCCUGCGUAUUGAAACACAAAGAGUACCCAGGGUAAGAGAUAUCGUGUUGGUUCUAAGAGCAAAAAAAGUUUGGAAAAUACUGUAAACUGCUGCUGGACACCUCCCUUCCCCACUGGCCACUCUCUGCCUCUAGUGCUCUGCCUCUGCGUGCCAUCCAGGUGCCCAGGAGGACUCUGGCUUGAUUCCUGCAAAAACAAGGCCCGCAAUGUCAAGUGAUUUGGCAUGUGCUGUUGGUGGGCAGGAUGAGAGCUUCAGCACUUACAAAGUCACAUUCCCCUGCAGGACUACACAUGGCUUCAGACUAGUGCUCCUGAUCGUGCGGUAAACAUAGACUCCAUGCACUACUUCAUGUAUACUGUGUACUGCAGUAAAUUGCAUACAUACUGCAUUACCUUCAUUUACAACCCUAAAGAAAGCAAAAUGCCUGCCAACUAGGACUCCAGCAGGAGGAAAUACCAAGGAGUACCUAAAUAUGAUCUUUCAGCUCCAGAAGCAGGUAGUUUCUAAAAGACAAAAAUUCCCACAAAUGGAUUUCAAGAUGAUUUCUGGUGCCUCCAUACUAUCUCCUAUCCAGUUAGCUCGCCAAAACUGCUUUUUCAUCAUUACUCAAAGUCAGGGAAGGUUUCAAACUCAUAGAGUUAUAUCGCUUGAAUGAGCAAGCUGCAGGUGUCACAGGCGGUUUGCUUUUUCUUCCUGCAACAUUGCUGACCAGUUGUUUUGCAACAUGUUAAUCUUGUUCGUGCUGGCAGAAACUUUGGCACGAAUGCAUAAUUGCAACAUAAAAGCCUCUGAAACGGUG